UAUAUAGAUGACUGAAAAUUGCUUUUUUCACAACAGGUUUAUGUUAAAUUGAAAAUGGAUCUAUCUCCUGAAGAAAGCUUAGUUACUUCAACACGCGAGGAAGUUUUAGUAAAUUCUGAUGGAGAAAAUAUUCCAAGUUUAAGUAAUAUCAGCAGCACUGUUUUAAUGCAAGCAAAAAAUGGAACUCAAUUAAAUCAAACAAUACCGUUAAGACUAAACCAAUCAUGUAUUUCUAUCAAACCAUAUUUAUUUCACUCUUCAGAGAAGUAUCCCAAGUCAUUAUUAGAAAUGUUGGAUGUCCUGCGAAAGACGGGAGAGCUGUGUGAUGUUGUAAUAAGAGUUGGAGCAAAAAUAUUUAACUGUCAUAAAGUUGUUUUAUCAGCAUGUUGUCCUUACUUUCGAGCAAUGUUUACGCGUGAAAUGGCUGAAAGUCGUCAAGAAGAAGUGACAAUAAAAGAUGUUGAUGAAAAGGCAAUGGCUCAGUUGAUUGAUUUUACUUACACUGCUGUUAUUAAAAUAGAUGAAACAAAUGUACAGACAUUGUUGCCAGCAGCCUGUUUGUUGCAGCUGAAAGAAAUACAAGAAGCAUGUUGUGAAUUUUUAAAAAAACAAUUAGACCCUUCCAACUGUUUAGGAAUAAAAUCUUUUGCAGACACACAUGCUUGCACCGAACUCCUUCAUGUGGCUGACUUGUUUACACUUCAUAAUUUCCAAGAUGUCAUGGACACUGAGGAAUUUUUAUUGCUACCGGUAGAACAACUUUGUGAAAUUAUUUCAAGUGAUGAACUCAAUGUUAUUUCGGAAGAGGAUGUUUUUACAUCUGUUAUGAAAUGGGUCAGAUUUAAUAUAAAUGAUCGCAGAGAAAACCUAAAGCAAGUGCUUAAAUUUGUCAGAUUGCCAUUACUUAGUGCUAGAUUUUUAGUUGGAGUUGUGAGUGCAGACUUGUUGAUAAAAAGUGAUGAGAACUGCCGUGAACUAGUUGAUGAAGCAAAAAACUAUUUACUGCUUCCUGAACAGAGACUUCUAAUGCAAGGUUCUAGAUUUAAACCACGUCAGCCAACAAAAAGAGGAGAAGUAUUGUUUGCAGUUGGUGGUUGGUGUACUGGCGAUGCAAUAAACAGUGUUGAAAGGUAUGAUCCACAUAAAAAUGAGUGGCAUAUGGUUUGUAGUAUGAACAAAAGAAGGUGUGGAGUGGGUGUUGCAGUCCUUGAUGAUUUACUUUAUUCUGUCGGUGGCCAUGAUGGCUCCAGUUACUUAAAUUCUGUUGAAAGAUAUGAUCCUAAGACUAAUCAGUGGAGCUCAGAUGUAGCUCCUACAAGCACCUGUCGUACAAGUGUUGGCGUUGCUGUUUUAGAUGGAUUUUUGUAUGCAGUGGGUGGACAGGAUGGUGUUUCAUGCCUAAACAUUGUUGAAAGAUAUGACUCUAAAGCUAAUGCUUGGUCUCGUGUCACACCAAUGAGUUGCAGACGUCUAGGUGUUGCUGUAUCUGUUUUGGAGGGGUACUUAUAUGCUAUUGGUGGCUCUGAUGGCACGUCUCCAUUAGCUUCAGUGGAAAGAUUCGAUCCAAAAACUAACCAGUGGAAUGCAGUACGCUUUAUGGGAACCAAACGAAAACAUUUAGGAGCUGCUGUAUUCCAAGGAUGCAUAUAUGCAGUUGGUGGAAGGGAUGAUACAACUGAACUAAGCAGCGCUGAGAGGUAUGACCCUAAGUUGGAUACAUGGACUCCUGUUGUGGCAUUAAACUCACGUCGCAGUGGAGUUGGUUUAGCUGUUGUUAAUGGCAUUUUAAUUGCUGUGGGUGGUUUUGAUGGUACUACAUAUUUGAAGUCAAUUGAGAUGUACGACCCAAUGAGUAAUCAAUGGAAGUUGCAAAUCGGGAUGAACUAUAGACGUCUUGGGGGUGGCGUUGGUGUCGUGACCCUGCAGCAAUGCGAUAGUUUAAGUUGGUAAAAUGAAAUUGGUAUAUUUGCAUUAGGAAUCGAAUUCUCUGUACUUAUGUGAAUAUACUUUAUUGGAAGAUGCUAAGAUGAAGGUUUGUGUAGAUACAAAGUUUAUUUUAUUUAGUUUUUAAUAGAUAAUAGUUUAUUUAUUUAUUUGUUUGAUGUAACAUUUUGUGUAUCUAUAAAAACAUUUUUUAUAAAAAAAAUAUUUG